AUGUAUCAUCAUUAUGAUAUCAAUAGAGAUCGUAUUAUCAGUGAAUUUGUACGAAACACUCUGACAGAUGAAGUCUAUGCUGCUGAUAUUUUAGAACGAAAUAAUUGGGAUUUAAAGAAGGCCUAUGCUUCAGUUGAAAAGGCAUGUAAGGACCAAAACACAGCAAAUCACCAAAUUAGACCACGUGUUCCCACAUUAGAGAGACAAGCUAAUGUUUCUAGUAGUCAGCAACGUCAGGUGCCUAUUCAAGGAACAGUUGGUGGUAGGCCAUCUAGUGGUGGAAGUCAGGGUACAGUCAGCCGGUCAAAUGUUGGUGGAGCAAGUCAAGGAAUAGGUGGUGGUAUAAGUAGAGCAACACCUUGUGUGAGUCAGGCCACUGUUGGUGGGGGCUUAGAAUAUGGUUAUGGCGUUCCUGUGCCUAAUAGAUCUUCCAACUCUUCAGGGCAAACUUUUACACCCCCCUUACAAAGGGCUCAUGUUCCUAAAUUUCCUGUGGGUCCACUGGAAGGCAAUUCAAGUUCACAACAACCAGUAACUAAAUCAAAUGAGCGAAUAAUACCAAUCCAAGUAAUGGGUUCUGCUUUGAAUUCAUCACCUAAGAAAGUUCAACCACGUGCUGUGAUUCAAGAAUCCUACCCUUCCUCCCAGUCUCAACAAGUUCAGUCUCAAACUUUCCGUGAUGAGAAAAUAGUUAAAGAGAAAACACCUCCUAAUACAGAAUUUAAACAACCUGCAGCAACUAGUACUGUACCUAAAUCAGAACCCAAGUUAAAACGCGGCAUAUCAAAUAUUAUAGAGAAUGCUUCUUUAUUAACUGAAACUAGAAGCUGUGUAUUACAUGAUAUAGAAGAAGAUAGUCAUGAUCAUAUGUAUAUACAAACCUUUGUGCUACCUGAUUUAACUGUACAUAACGAUGGUUUCCGAGCCUUCUUACAAAAAGAACUUGUAGAAACUUCUACCUUAGUCUCUUUAGAACAAGCAGGGAGAUUAAAUUGGUGGGCUGAAAUGAGAAUUUGUCAGAGAUUAUGGCCAAUGGCCACUACUGGUGAUGGCAACUGUCUCUUACAUGCUGCCUCAUUAGCUAUGUGGGGCGUUCAUGAUAGACAACUUAUAUUAAGAAAUGCCCUGUAUGAUAUGUUAACUAAAAGUACUUUCCGAGAUGCUUUAUACAGACGGUGGAGAUGGCAGCAGACUAUUGCUAAUAAAGAGUCAGGACUAGUGUUUUCGGAAUCAGAAUGGUCAGAAGAAUGGAGUAAUUUAUUAAGAUUAGCUUCUACCAAACCACGAACAUUACCUGAUCAAGAUAAUAACAGAAGACAUAGCUGUUGUGAGAGUCCACUCACUCAAUCAACUGGCUCUGACACACCAGUAGUAUAUGAAAGUUUAGAAGAAUUUCAUGUGUUUGUAUUAUCACAUGUAUUAGAGAGACCUAUUAUAGUGGUAGCUGAUAAAGUUUUAAAGGAUUCAAGUGGAGAAGCUUUGGCACCUAUACCAUUUGGUGGUAUUUACUUACCUUUAGAAUGUGCACCCCGGUACUUUAGAUCACCUUUACUGCUUACAUAUGAUGCUGCCCACUUCUCGGCUUUAGUUCCAAUGGAUCAUGAAACUCCAAACUCUCCACCAGCUGCUAUACCUGUAGUAGACCCAGAAUUCAACUUACUUCCCAUUCAUUUUCAUAUGGAUCCUGGUGCAAAAUAUGACUGGACCAAACCCAAUAAAACAAUUAUCAAUGAUUUAUCUUGUGAGGAUAAACUUAAUUUACUUCAAAAAUUUAUGGAUGUGGAAAAACUGCCCAUACCUUGUUUUAAUGGUGAAGAUGGAAUGGAAUCCGAUAAAAACUCUUUUAGUUCCUGCGAUUCUGAUAUCGACAGUGUUGGUUGUGUUGGAAAAGGUGAAAAGGCAGAAAAGAAAAAAGAAGCCAAACAAAUGCAGAGUAUUGGUAAACAAUUUGGCAGUAUUGGGAAGUCUGUAGGUAAAAAAUUCAAGAAAAACUUUGCAAAUUUCGGGAAGACUCCUAAAUCAACUCAUGACAGUGAUAAAUUGAACAACAGAAAAGCGUCUGUUGGUAGUGUGAUCACACAGAGUACAAAGGUCAUCACCACACUGGCCACAAACUCUGAUAAAGAUCGCGUCCGGUGUGCAAAACUUUCAACACAACGCCCAGAAAAUCAACAAUCUAUGAUCAAGAAUUAUAUGCAGAAUGCACGAGAGCGUUAUGAAAAAGAUCGAGAAUUGAAACGACUAAAAGGUGAAGAACUCAGAAGUCGAGUCAACGAUAUGUCUCUGAAUUGUCAUCAAACUAAAUGUGUAACUCCCAACUGUCAACAUUAUGGCACAUCUGAAUACUCAUACAUGUGUUCACAGUGUUAUAACCGACAAAAAUCACAGAUAAUGGUCGACGAAGACAGAAAACACAGGUCUGCUUCACAAGCUGUCCAAUACAACACAUUUCCACGUAACCAACCAGACAUGAUGUACAGAGGACCAGCCAGAGUACAUCAAUAUGAUGAUACAUAUAUCUAUAGACAUGGUAAAUCUAAAUUUUAUACAAUGACAGAUGAUCGUCCUUCAUCUGAACUGGCUAGUCGGGUUAAUAUCAUAAACAAUUUAGAUCGUCCACGAUCAGCUGAUGACAUACGCACAUCUGACCACACAAAACAAACUAAAGAACGCUCUCCGUCCCCUGAUUAUGAUAAUGUUGAUUAUCCUGAAGAACAAAAGGAUGGGUCUCAGUUAGUUGCUGGCAAUGCACAAAAAUGUUUGACGACUGCAUGUCAAUUUUACGGUAAACCAGAAACUGAUAAUCUUUGUUCAGGUUGUUUUAAGGAAAAGACUGCAUUAGUCUCGAAAGCUGCCAAAACACUGACGCGUAUUUGA